AUUAGGUGGUGUAUAAACUCCUGAAUACAGUUUUGUGAGCAUAGAUGGGGAGGCUGUGCAAAAAGUAUGAUUAUGUCAAUGAAAAAGGAUUUAACUAUUAUACUUACUUUGUUGAAGGCUCCUGCGUCAACUUCUUUAUUGGAGGCUCCUGCAUCAGCCUCAUCAGUUCCUGUUUUUUCUUCUUCAUCCGCUCCUGCAUCAGCCUCGUCAUUUCCCGCCUCGGCUUCUUCAUCGGCUCCUGCAUCAGCCUCAUCAGUUCCUGCCUUGGCUUCUUCAUCGGCUCUUGCAUUAGCCUCGUCAGUUUCUGCCUCGGCUUCUUCAUCGGCUCCUGCAUCAGCCUCGUCAGUUCCUGCCUCGGCUUCUUCAUCGGCUCCUGCAUCAACCUUGUCAGUUCCUGCCUCGGCUUCUUCAUCGGCUCCUGCAUCAGCUUCUGUGUCAGCUUCUGACGUUCAACCUAGAAGGUCAUCUGGUGGGUCAACACACAGUGACCCAGCACAUUCUGAGGUGUCAUUUGAGGGUUGGCACAAGAUGUGGGAGUCUGGUCUUCAUGGGCUGCCCAGUGCAGACAUACUGUGGCUUAAGGAGGAUGCUGAAAGGGGACUCUUUCAGAGGGCCAUGUCUUAUAAAGACAAACAUGGAAACAGAAAGUGGAGGAAAGUCCUGAAGGAUGACCGGAUGUGGUUUCACCCUCCAGAAUUUCCUGGAGUGGUGGAAGGAAAAGUCCCCUCAGCAGACUCCUUUUUUCGCAGAUCCGUUUUUUUCUGGAGACCAGUCGGUGUGUGGCGUUACAGUCUUCGGUGCCCAAGGUCUGACUGCCCAGCACGCACCAAUCAGAAGGCUUUUCUCUACCGUUGUGGGUAUUCAUCCACGGUAAGACAGAUCUGCCACAUGUCUGGCUGGUACUCCAUGCUGACUGAGGUCCUGGCAUGCAACGCCUGUAGAAAGGCUGCAAAGGAGUCGGAAGAGCAUACUAUUGGUCGUUUCCUGUCAUGGGAUCAGUGCAUCCUUAACCAGCUCAGUCCAGCUCACAGAGCGGUGUUUCCUGCUGUCUUGACGCUACGGCGUGGCGUGGACAAGCAGGUGAUCCGCCUGAUGAGGGAUCGCACUGAGGGAAAUACCAUGGUGAAAGUUUGGAGACAGGUGCAGGAGAGCCACUGCGAGGACUAUCUGCAGAGAAAGGACUUGUACACCACUCUUCUCAGCCAGUACAACAAACCUGGGAAGAUCACUCGUAAGUCAGAGUUAAUUGUUUUCUUUAAGGGAUAGUUCACCCAGAAAUGA